GGAUUUCAUUGGGGGUUGUGCGCCAUAUUGGCAAUCUCCUCCAUCUCACCAAGCUAACGUAGAGCAUGCGUCAAACCAGUUGUUGAGGAGAACAAUAUAAACAUUUUACAGCUUACAACGAUACCCAAAAACAACACCAUGGAGGCUGUCAAAGCAUUCAACGGCGAGCUCUACUCGCUGAAUGAGUACAAGCCUCCAAUCUCCAAGGCGAAAAUGACCAAUAUUACCAAGUCUGCAAUAAAAGCUAUAAAAUACUACAAACAUGUUGUCCAGGGCGUGGAAAAGUUUGUUCAGAAAUGCAAGCCAGAGUACAAGGUCCCAGGCCUGUAUGUCAUGGACUCCAUCGUGCGGCAGUCACGGCACCAGUUUGGCCAGGACAAGGAUGUGUUCGCCCCGCGCUUCAGCAAAAACAUCAUCGGAACCUUCCAACAUCUCUACCGCUGCCCCUCAGAUGACAAGAGUAAGAUUGUCAGGGUCCUCAACCUGUGGCAGAAGAACGCAGUCUUCAAGAGUGACAUCAUCCAGCCGCUGCUGGACAUGGCUGCAGGACUGCCCCCUCCCAGUGUCACCCCUGUCAUGACCAGCAGGGAUGCUCAAGUCAACAACACUACGCCUGGUACCCCAGCGACCCCGGCCACCCCAGCCAACAUCGUAUCCAGUCUGCCUGACUGGGCGUCUCAGUUCUCCAACACAGACACUGUAGCUGCUGUAGCACAGAUCCUGCAGAGUCCACACGGCCAACAGCUCCAGCAGCUGGUGCAGAGUCUGCAGCUGCAGCAGCAGAAGCCCCAGCCGUCUCUGCUACAGGCGCUGGAUGCAGGACUGGUGGUCCAGCUGCAGGCUCUGACGGCCCAGCUCACUGCAGCCGCCUCAGCCAAUCCCAUGCAGCUCAACCCCCUGGAGCAGAGGAUCUCCUCCUUCAACAAGAAAAUGUUGGGUCAUUUUGACUUUGGGAACGAUUCCGAACGCUCUGAAGACUCCAAAAAGGACGCCCAUUCAUCGCAGAUGCCGAUGGUGUCUGACUCCAUCUUCCACCAGCUGGCUGAGCAGCUGCAGCAGCAGAACCUGGAGCAGUUUCAGAAGCAGCUCAUGGAGCACCAGCAGAAGUCCAUGAACAUAGAGGGGCAGGAUGGAAUAUUUGGGUCUGAGAGCUCGGCCAUGCCCCAACAGAGCAGCAGCCAAUCACAGCACCCUGCGCCACAAAACAAGAUGGAUGACUCCAUUGACAACCAGCAGCAGGACAUGGACCUGGAUGACGGGCCAGAGAUGGAGGAAGAGCGCUUCGAACCAGAGGACAAGAAGUCCAAGAUGGUCGACACGUGGUCAAGAACACGGUCUAGGUCACGAUCGAGAUCUCCCAGGAAGAGACGGUCCAGAUCACGGUCAGGCUCUCGGAAACGGAAACACCGUAAGCGGUCGCGGUCACGCUCCAGAGAGCGGAAGAGGAAGUCGUCGCGGUCCUACUCCAGCGAGAGACAAGCCCGCGAGCGAGAGAAAGAGCGUCAGAAGAAAGGACUGCCUCCCAUCCGAUCCAAGUUUCUCAGUGUGUGCAGCACCACUUUGUGGGUGGGACAGGUGGACAAGAAGGCCAGUCAGCAGGACCUCACCAACCUAUUUGAAGAGUUUGGUCAGAUUGAGUCUAUCAAUAUGAUCCCUCCUCGCGGCUGUGCCUACAUCUGUAUGGUCCAUAGACAGGAUGCCUACCGCGCCAGACAGAAACUCAGCACUGGUUCAUUCAAGAUCGUCUCCAAGGUCAUCAAGAUUGCGUGGGCGCUGAAUAAGGGAGUGAAGCAAGAGUAUAAGCAGUUCUGGGACAUGGACCUGGGGGUCACCUACAUACCCUGGGAGAAGGUCAAGCUGGACGACCUGGACGGCUUUGCUGAGGGAGGCAUGAUCGACCAGGAGACUGUCAACGCCGAGUGGGAAGCAGCCAAGAAUGCGCCAGAGCCAAUGAAGGAAGCGGUGAGCCAGGCUGUGAGCGUUGAACCCAUAGCAGCCACCAACACCCAACAGACCCAGGAAGAGGCCUUCAGCCAACAGGUCUCCAUGAUGCCCGUACAGCUCCCUGUGCGCCAGGCUGUCCCUGCCGUGGGUCUUGUGCCGCCAUCCUUCCCUGUUUCCAUGGCGAUGCCCCCGCCAGGCUACGGCCCCCUGCCCCCCUUCCUCAGAGCAGGGUUCAACGCCUCCCAGCCUCCUCCAGGUUUCAUGCAGGCAGCAGGUGUUCCUCAGCAAGCAGGCAUGGGCUCAGCUCCUACAUCUCUGGUGCCGGCCUCCAUGUCACAGGCUCAGGACAGCAUGAAGGACUCCCCAUACGGAGCCACUAUCCCAGGGAGCUUCAUGCCUUCUGCCCUCCCUGGACAAGGGGUCUUCAACCAGCUUCAACCCGGAGUCCAGACGCAGCAAGGAGCCAAUGACAAGACGGGCCAAUCUGCUGACGGCAUGGAUGCCGCUGCAGAGUUAGUACUGCAAGGUAUGCAGAAUGCAAUGAGUCGUGGUAUGGGUCUUCUGGGGAUGCACCCCUCAGCCUCCCUUACCCACCCCCUGCACCAGCAGGGCCUGCCAGGCCAGAGGAUGCCUGGGCUGAUGCCGCUGGACCUCCGGCCUACUAUGCUCCAGGGAUCUGGGGCCCGCUUCCCCCUCCUGAUGCAGCAGGGCCUGUCUCAACAGAGCCUCCUGGAAGCGUCCCUCCAUGCCCAGGCCCGGGCCAGAGCGGCCUCCCAGAUGGAACGCUUCAACAGGGCCGAGGAGGCCUUCAACCGGGGGCCCAACCCCCCAAACGAAAGCAUGUCCAAGGCUGAGGACGAGCCUUCCUCUGCAGCUGACGACAGCCAGCAGGGGGGGGACCAAGACUACCGCUUCCCUCCGCCCCAGGAGAAGCAGAGCACAGGCCUGCUGAGGACCCCUCCACUGGAGCACAGAGAGUCCAUGGGUAUAGGUGGUGGAGGAGCUGGUGGUGGGGGUAUGGGCGGAGGCAGACCUGCCCUGCUCCAGACCCCAGUGAGAGAAACAGCUAGAGACAGCGUGGUAGGACGGCUUCAGGCCCUCGCCGGCUUCACCCCCCAGACCCAGAGUCGCUGGGGGCCACCCAGAGGGGACUUUGAUGAGCGUGACAUGCGGGGCUCACCGGCCGGGGUCUCCAAGGGCUUCCAGGAAGAGCGCCCUGGCUCCAACCAGGGGCAGAACUUCCCCAACCGCUUUGAGAACCAGAACCGCGUUGGAUCAGCAGGAGGGGUAGGAGGAGGAGUAUGUGCUGGUGGUCCUGGUGGCGGUGGUGUUGUAGGGGGCCCAGCGUGGAGUCGUGGUGGAGUUGAUGCUGCAGCACCGUUCGCUGAUGCUGACAUGCCCCAGGACUUGGAUGAGUGCCGGCGCCCUUGGGACAGGCAGCAACGGGACAGGGACUUUGACUUCAGGAAGGAGAUGAAUGGCAACCGCCGUGAGAGAGACAGCCAUGAGAAGGAGAGGGACCGCGAGAGAGAAAGGGACCGUGGCCGUGAGCGUGGCAACCGUGAACGAGAGCAGGAGCGUGACCGGGAGAGAGAGCGAGAAAAGGAGAGGGAGAAGGAACGUGAGCGGGACCGUAACAAGCGUGGAGCCUGGACACCCCUUCUCCCUCUACCACAACCCCUGCUCCCUACUCCUACCCUGACCCCAACCCUCUCCCUGACCCAAGGCAAACCUCAGGCCCUGCUGCAACUACAGUCCAAGCUUCAACCUAAACCUGGACUCCUAACUAAACCGGGUCUGCUUCAAACUCCAACUCUCCUAACUCGGUCAACAUCUCAAGUCCCAACCAAGUCUCUUCUUCAAGCCCCAUCCCAGUCUCCACCUAAAGCUUCACCCCAGUCCAACCAGUUUCCAACUCAAGCCAAGAAUGAAGCCCUCCCCGGUCCUGAGCCCCAGGCAGAGUUCCAGACCCAAUCCUCUCAGAACCAGUCACCACCCCAAAACCAUGCUUCCCUUCAGGCCCAGUCGCCGCCCCCUGCCCAUUCCCCUUUCCAGACAAAGUCCCCUCCCCAGGCCCAGUCAUCAUCACGGGCACGUGCACAGUCACCACCCCAGGCCCUGUCCCCGCCACAGGCCCAGUCGCCACCCCAGGUGUCCCCACAGGCCCCCAGCAUCCCUGAUGAGAUCACUGACACCCAGGGGGAGCCAGAGAAACCUCAGGAAGAACCUAUAAAAGAACCUGAACCCAUGGUGGAACCUCCAUCUCAGUGGGUCAAUGGGACAGGGUCGAGGAUGGACACUGACGCAGUGGCUGAGCCCACCCCUACCCUGUCCCCCACUCCUGCCCCCUCAAUGUCACUGGUCCUCACACACAGCCCUGUUGAACCCCAAUGCCUGCCGGAGCCCCUGGACCAGCAGCAACCCCCGCAGCAUGCCACCUCCUCUUGCUCCUCCACAAAGGAUGUAGACAAUGGACUGAGUGAGCCGAUGGAGGAAGCUGAGAAACAGCCAGUGGUAGAGAAAACAGACACUGAGGGGACAAUCAUCACUCAGUAGGUAAAGAUCAUUUUGUAAAGUUGUCUCUUCUCUGUACUCAUGUCAGCGACCCACGGGACCCUGGGUAGUAUUUCACAUAAUAUUGUCUGAUAACCUAACAAUUGAUUUUAUCUCUCACAUAACGUUGUACUUCAAUAGAUGGCUCGCUAGCUGAUUAAAUGGUGAUUUUAGUUUGUUAUUAUUUUCUUUCUUUUUUUAGUUAUCCCUACCCCACGAUUUUAAGCUAGGUGAACUUUAAUGAAAAUUGCUUGCCAAAAUGUUUGAAUUGUAAAUUAGAAAAAGAGCUUUGACCUUCCUAUGGAAGAGUGUAAGGAUCCUGGCUGUUUCCAAUGGAUUGAAUCCAGAUUACGGAAUACUUAAACAGCAGUCGCUGGCCUGUUUUGUCUCUUCUUUUAAAUUAUGCUGCUGCAAAGUUUUAAAUGAAUGCGUUUGUGGUGUCCUAUAUGCUUCUUGUUUCUAAGCAGAAUAUAGCCUACGUACAGUGAGAACAGUACAGUUGCUUCUAAAAAGGAACAUCCUAAAAGAUGAAAAACAUGACCUGUUAUCCCCAAAAUAAAUGUCUGUGAUUUGUUCAUCAUAAUGCAGUGAUUCAAAGGACAAAGGAAGCCAGAGGAAAAAACAAUUAACAAAAAAAAGAGGGUGGAUGUUGGGUGCAUUCUGUUUUAGUUUGAAAUAAACAUGCUUUAUUUGUUAA